AGGAAUAGGAAGCUCAAGAGAGAAGACGCAUCCGCAAAUUGGGACCUUCCGAUCUGAUUAGGGUUUUAGCACCGGCACCCUGCAAGUUGAGCCAUUCCUGGCCUGAGAUCCGAUGGCGCCACCUCCAGGACCGUAUUCUGGAACGAGCACUCUUGCCCUGGUGGCUCGUGCAUCAGCCUUCACUUUUGGUGUGGUAUAUGGAAGCGUGAAGCUUAAGAUUCUCAAGGCGAAGGCAAAGUCACAUAAGAAUGCUGAAGCGAAGGCUCAUCACUGAUGGGCUCUGGUGGAAGUUAACUUUUUUUUUUUCGCUGCUGGCAGGGAGAGAGAGCUUAUUUUCUUUUAUAAUACGAAGAUUGUUUUUAUGGUUUCGGAUGUUUGUUGGCUCCCCGCCCCUUUAUGAUUUCCUUUCAUGGAUGGCAGAUAGAUAGCUUGUUGCGGCUGUUAGCAUAAUUGUUCAAGCAGAUGCAUAUUUUUUUCAAUAAUAAUGCUUAUGUGGUGGGUUCAUACUUUUUAUCAGACUUCAAAUUGAUAAAUCACUAUUGAAGAAGUUGAUAGGAUGGUCAUGGAAGUAAAGUCUCUCUUUUUAACAA